GCACAUCGAAUCUCAACCGUCCGAUGAAAAUGCUUGAAAGGAUUGGACUCAAACUGAAAAAUCAAGAAAGGUAAUAUAGUGCAGGCGAGUCCAUCUAUAAAAAAUUAAAUUGCAGAGUCCAAGCGCACUAAGAAAAAGCGUCCCCGCAAGCCACCGCAAAAAAAAGUUGAAUGCUAAGAGCCAGAAUUCGAUUAAGCGCCAUGUCAGGUGCUACAGCGAUAUCAUCGUCAGCGUUAUCAUCAUCUACAGCGUUCAGAAACCCUAGCUUGUCAUUCCCUUCGAACUCGAACUCCAGGUUCUUCAAUGGAGUUCUUACAGGGAAUAGCGUUUCCUUCUCGGCUUCCUUUACUCGCACUUCGCUGAGAUGCUACGCUUCUUCGUCGUCUGCAUUUGAUCGAGUUAAAGUUCAGAAUCCUAUUGUCGAAAUGGACGGUGAUGAAAUGACGAGGAUCAUAUGGAAAAUGAUAAAGGACAAGCUUAUUUUUCCUUAUGUAGAUUUGGAUAUAAAGUACUAUGAUUUAGGGAUUUUGAACCGUGAUGCUACAGAUGACAGAGUUACAGUGGAGAGUGCUGAAGCCACUCUUAAGUACAACGUUGCUGUUAAAUGUGCUACAAUAACUCCUGAUGAAACCAGAGUGAAGGAGUUUGGGCUAAAGUCAAUGUGGAGGAGUCCCAAUGGAACAAUUAGAAACAUUCUAAAUGGUACUGUUUUCCGUGAGCCUAUCCUAUGCCGGAACAUUCCCAGAAUUGUGCCUGGUUGGAAGAAACCCAUAUGUAUAGGUAGGCAUGCCUUUGGUGAUCAGUAUCGUGCCACUGAUGCAGUUAUCAAAGGACCUGGAAAGCUCAAAAUGGUUUUUGUCCCAGAAGACGGAGGCACACCAUUGGACCUUGAUGUUUAUAAUUUUAAAGGCCCAGGGAUAGCACUUGCUAUGUAUAAUGUGGAUGAGUCUAUUCGAUCAUUUGCUGAGUCAUCCAUGGCAAUUGCUUUUGCAAAGAAAUGGCCCCUGUAUUUGAGCACAAAAAACACAAUUCUUAAGAAAUAUGAUGGCAGGUUUAAGGACAUAUUCCAAGAGGUAUAUGAAGAGAAUUGGAGGCAGAAGUUUGAAGAAUACUCAAUUUGGUAUGAACAUCGGCUAAUUGAUGACAUGGUGGCCUAUGCAAUAAAAAGUGAAGGUGGAUAUGUUUGGGCUUGUAAAAAUUAUGAUGGUGAUGUCCAAAGUGAUCUACUUGCACAAGGAUUUGGAUCUUUGGGCCUCAUGACGUCUGUAUUGUUAUCCUCUGAUGGGAAGACAUUAGAAGCUGAGGCGGCUCAUGGGACUGUGACCAGGCAUUUCAGGUUACAUCAGAAGGGACAAGAAACAAGUACAAAUAGUAUUGCUUCGAUAUUUGCAUGGACAAGAGGGCUAGAGCAUAGGGCCAAAUUAGAUAAAAAUGAUAGGCUGCUGGAAUUUGUCCGCAAGUUGGAGGCUUCAUGCAUUGAAACAGUUGAAGCAGGGAAAAUGACGAAGGACCUUGCAAUUUUGACACAUGGAUCCAAGGUUUCCAGGGAGUUUUACUUGAACACUGAAGAAUUUAUUGAUGCUGUUGAACACAAUCUUAGAGCAAAACUUCCAAGUACCUGCAGUGGUUUGAAUAGAUAGUCAUUCUUGAUACUUAUUCUGGAAAUCCGAACUAGGAAAAUUUUUUGUGCUACUGAGACCUCGUUGCAUGAAAAGUUUCCUCUUUAAAUUUUAUUUCGUUAGCAAUUCAAAGUAGCCAUAGAAAUAAUGGAAUCACAAAUCUUAGAUGUUCUCUUUGGCUAGAAAUUCUUAUAUGUUGGUUAAUGUGUUUAAACUAAUUUCCAAAUAUUCUGGACUCUGGGACCUCCCUAUUUGAGAAA